ACAGAACCGCAGGCCCGUCUUUACGGCCAAGACGGUCUCGUAACUGUUAACGGAGCGUGACCCCCCUCGGAGGCCGACACUUCCAGCUGAGCCAAACACUGGAAGGAGCAGAACAGCCAAAGUUUAUAUAUGAGAGGAGCCUGCUUCUUUUUACUACCGCGCUCCGUUCAGACUGAGGCCAGCGAGAGGACAACGGAGGAGCUGCCGCCGCGCUCCGACAGAUGAGGGAGACACCGCCGCCGAGGAGGAAAGUCGGGGGCGUGAAGAGUGCAUUCGCUUCCUCAUCCGGCCGCCUUUCCCUCAUGAGCAGCUCGUCAAGUUGGCCCGGGAGGAAGAUGAGGAGGAUCGGCGGGUGAGGGAAGAGACGCAACAGGGUGGCGACAAGCUGGGAAGUGAACCUCCCCGCUUCUUCAUGCUCCAACAAGGGUUCCUGACUUCCAGCAGCAGCAGCAUCAUCAUCAAGCAUGUGAGAGGAGCUCUCAGCAUGCACGGGACGACCAGGUCCAGCUCAAGCUGAAGCAGCUGCCCGAGCCCCCCACCAGCCAAGCCAGCCUGCCUCCCUCCUCCUUUUCCACAUGAGCGCGAGAAGAUGACUAUCACCAGUCGGCAGUCCUUGAAUGUCCUGACGGUCAUCUUCCUGCUGCUGUCCACUGCAGCCCUGUCAGCUCACUACCGAGUGUGCGAGCCCUAUUCGGACCACAAGGGGCGCUACCACUUUGGCUUUCACUGCCCCCGGCUGUCGGACAACAAGACGUACAUGUUCUGCUGCCACCACAACAACACGGCCUUCAAGUACUGCUGCAAUGACACCGAGUUCCAGGUGCUCAUGCAGAUCAACCUCACCACCUCCUCCCAUGGCUUUUCACACAAUAAUUACACAGCGCUGGUGGGAGUGUGGAUCUACGGCUUUUUCGUCAUGGUGCUGCUGGCUCUGGACUUCCUCUACUACUCGGCCGUCAAUUACGAGCUGUGCCGGGUCUACUUGGAGAAAUGGGGCCUGGGGGGUCGCUGGCUGAAAAAAGCCCGCAGUCAGUGGCAGCGCUCCACCUUGGACGAGAGCCAAAGCCAGGCUCAGCCCGUCGCGCCCGGCCUCUACCAGCCCCGACACAGUCUCCGAGGGGAGAGCCACAGCCCCACGCUGCUGCCCUACAACACGUCCAGCGCAUGAGCAAUGUGGCCGGCAGAAAAGUAGCGCGCCGUUUCCCAAAGGCGACCCGGAGGAGGCGACCCACCUUACAGACGCUCUGCGUCCACACUUACAUUGGCAGCCUCCAGGAAGUCUUUGGCAGGGACGCCCUCUUUCCCCUCUGAUGAGCACAAGCCAGCCGUGGACUGACAGCGGCCGCGUUUAACAAGCCAGCUGAGAGAGCGGCGGCCAGUCUGAGCUGAGCGACUGAGGAUGACGCCGUCACAUUGGCAGGUUUCCAAUCUGAAAUGUUCCUCAGACUGUGUCACUUUGUGUUGCGUAGCUGUUAGACACGGUUUGCGAUUUUAUUUCUGUGAUAGUCACACAAUGAGCGGCGACCCCUGGAGAAUACGUGAUUGGUUGGGUCGAUGCUGAGCAUCUUACGUAGCUGUGUUUCGUUACCUGCUGGGACACGAAGUCGCACGGCAACGUCAUUUUUGAUGGAGACGCGCCGCUUUUCCUGCUGUAGCUCUAAAAAUAUCCGUAGAUUUUUCACGUGUGAUCGGUGUUUGUUGUUUAGAGCAGGGGUGGGGGGGGCCUACAAUGAGAGCAAAGGGUCUGCAAACAAGUAAAACCUCAGAGGAACUCAUUAAAAAAAAUAGUGUUCAAUCUGUUCAUAAUAAAUUACAAUAUAAACAAUUCCAUCACAUUCCUCGACGACAUUUUUGAGAAAGGUUAUCUCAACUGAAGCAGUAGUGAGCAUCAGGGACCCCCAAAGCAAUCCAUUUGGAGCCUAGUUGCCAUGGUAACCUCCAUCAACAACCACUCCUUGAGCAAUACAAUGCACGUUAUACCAUUGAGGAGUUUAAAUACACGCCCAUUAGUCAAAUUAAACAUCAAAAGUUAACUGUCAGCAAUAAUGUACAGUAAAGUGAAGGAUGACAAGGUAUCACGGGGCAAAGAAGUGCUACAGACACACACACAUGCAAAAUGACAAUUUAGUCGGAUUUUGUUCAAAGAUCGCUUUGCAUUCCUGACUUUUUUCAUAAAUGUUGUGACAACAAUCUGUCCCCAUGCAAAAUGCAGUAAAAUAAUUCCAGACUUCUCAGUAAGAAUUAAAAAAAUAUGUAUACAUUUUGUGGAGAUUUUUUGUUUUGUUUUGGAGAACACAAUUAAAAAAAAGAUGCUGUUUUCUGUAUAGAAUUAAAAUGAAACCUAAAAUCUUAGUUGUCAGAUCAACAUGAAAUGUAAUUAUAUUUACAGUUUUUGGGAGGGAUUUAAAAACAAUUUUUUUUUCUGUUCUGGUAGGGUUAGACUAAAGAUUGUAAAUCAAUUCUCAAAAUUAGAUUUUUUUUUUCAAAAUGUUAUCAUCUUUGUUGUUUUCUAAAUGGAAACAAAAUGCUCACAAAUGUGGACUUUGCAUAUACAAAUUAAAAACUAACAAUAAUAUUCUUUUCUUAAUUCAAAUUAAAAAAAAGUAAAAUUCUAGGACCCCUUACCUCGAUUCAACCUUUUUACAGAAAACUGAAAAUUUACAGUCACCCAAUUAUCAGCAAGAAAACAAAAAUUUGUCUUGGCAUCUUGACAGUUAAAAUGACUUGAGCAUAGAUGCCAUUUUACUAACAAUGUUGUUUCUUGACUUGUACACACCAAUAAUAAUAAUAAUAAUAACGCAUCCGCAAUCCUCCACGGUUACUAAAGUAGGUCACGCUGUGUCACCAUAGCAACAACAGAGAUGCUGUUCUCCGGAUGACACUAAGGUUGUCAUUCUAAAACUUUAACGACUACACGCGGCGUUGUCACGGAGUUAUCUGCAAUAAUAUCAGUGUUUGUCGGUCGGGAUGUUAGCGGCGAGUUGAGUCCCAUCGGAGGGGCGAACGUUUAAUUGGCUGCCCGGCGCCGCACGCUUUCACAGCCACGCCAACACAUUUAAAACACACGGGAGGAAUAAUUGGCCUGCGGAUCAGCGGUGCUUUUAAUUCACGCUCCCUUGCUCUUCUGCCUUCGCAGCUGCCGCCUCUGUUCCCGGCUCAAUCGGGGUAACUUUUUUUCUUUCUUUCUGGGAUUUUAAUUAAUUGCCAGUCCUAAAGAAGAUUCCUAAAGUAGGCAAAAAGAUUGUGUUCUCUCUGGGAUAUGAUGUAAAGUGUAUCAUCGCUUCCCUUUCUCCCAUUUUCUUGUUUUUUGUGACCCCGCCGUGAUGUGACGCUCCCUGCAAACUAAACAGGGGGUGAUGACCCGCGGGUCGUCAUGGUAACCGUUGCCUUACAGUUGAAUAGCCACCUGUACACAUACUUUUGCGAGAGUGGUAAGUGUGCGUUCCGUCCACCGUGUUGACGACUAGCUAGACUGUCGCGUGCCGUUCUCAGUUGAUUGCACUUGUUGACUUUGUAUCGUCACAACAGGGACAAAUAAAGUUUUAUCUUUUACACCGUG